UUCCCCCAUAUAAAAAAAAGGGAAAUAGAACAAAAAAAAUAAAAAACAAGAAACAAGAGAACAAUAAAAUAUACAAAAAAAAAAAAAGAACUAUCACAAAUGGGGAGCCCAGGAUUAAGCACUCGGAAUAAUGGGCAGCAGCAACUGCGAUUAGGCAUUACAGACCCCAUAUCCUUGGGUGGACCUACAGAGUAUGAUUUGAUAAAGUCGCGCGAACUUGAAAAGUUUUUGCAAGACAUGGGACUGUAUGAGAGUCGGGAGGAGUCUGUGAGUAGAGAGGAAGUGCUUGGGAGACUAGACCAGAUUGUGAAGCAUUGGGUCAAAGUGAUUAGCCGCGCAAAAGGGUUGAAUGAGCAACUAGUGCAAGAAGCAAAUGCUAAGAUUUUCACCUUUGGUUCUUAUCGGCUUGGCGUGCAUGGCCCUGGUGCAGAUAUAGACACACUCUGUGUGGGACCAAGACAUGCAACACGAGAAGAAGAUUUUUUUGGCGAGUUACAUAGGAUGCUUUCUGAGAUGCCUGAAGUGACAGAGUUGCAUCCUGUGCCUGAUGCACAUGUUCCAGUGUUGAAAUUCAAGUUUAAGGGCGUUUCUAUAGAUCUUCUUUAUGCAAAACUGUCUCUUUGGGUGAUUCCUGAGGAUUUAGAUAUUUCACAGGACUCAAUACUACAAAAUGCAGAUGAACAAACUGUACGCAGUCUUAAUGGUUGUAGAGUUACUGAUCAGAUUUUGCGUUUGGUGCCAAAUAUCCAGAAUUUCCGCACAACAUUGCGAUGCAUGAGGUUCUGGGCAAAACGCCGUGGUGUUUAUUCAAAUGUUUCAGGGUUUCUAGGUGGUAUAAAUUGGGCAUUACUUGUUGCUCGCAUAUGCCAGCUAUUUCCCAAUGCACUGCCAAAUAUGCUAGUGUCUCGGUUCUUCAGGGUAUAUACUCAGUGGCGUUGGCCAAAUCCAGUGAUGCUCUGUGCUAUUGAAGAAGGAUCCCUUGGUCUUCAAGUUUGGGAUCCUAGAAGAAAUCCAAAGGACCGGUAUCAUUUGAUGCCUAUCAUUACUCCUGCUUAUCCUUCCAUGAAUUCUAGUUAUAAUGUAUCGGCCAGCACUUUGCGCAUAAUGUCCGAAGAGUUUCAAAGGGGGAAUGAAAUUUGUGAGGCUAUGGAGGCAAGUAAAGCUGAUUGGAAUACUCUUUUCGAAUCUUUUUCAUUCUUUGAUGCAUACAAAAACUAUCUACAGAUCGAUAUUGGUGCAGAAAAUGAAGAUGAUUUAAGAAAGUGGAAAGGGUGGGUUGAAUCUCGUCUCCGUCAGCUCACAUUGAAGAUUGAGAGGCACACAUUCAAUAUGCUUCAAUGCCAUCCACACCCAGGGGAAUUUACAGACAAAUCUAGACCUCUGCAUUGUUCUUACUUUAUGGGUUUGCAACGUAAACAAGGGGUUCCUGCAAAUGAAGGGGAACAGUUUGAUAUCAGGAUAACUGUUGAGGAAUUUAAAAUUUCUGUGAACAUGUAUACCUCAUGGAAGCCUGGAAUGGAGAUCCAUGUAACACAUGUAAAGCGAAGAAAUAUUCCUAGUUUUGUUUUUCCUGGUGGUAUACGCCCUUCUCGUCCAUCAAAAACAACUUGGGAUAGCAAGCGAAGUUCAGCAGAAAAGUCAGGUGAAGGUAAAGGGGUUUCAGAUGGAUCAGAUGACAAAGGGAAGAGAAAGCGAAUUGAUGAUAAUGUAGCAAAUGCGACAAAAAUUGCCAAGCCUGAUUCUACUUCUCCCUUGAGUGGGGAAGUUAAUAAUGGAAGCCCUUCUGCUGGCACUGUUUCUCUACUCCUUACAAGUACAAAUGCAGUAGGGGAACCAAGGGAUGAACCAGUUGAGAAUAACUUAACAGAUGACUUUAGUAAUUCCAAAGAUUUAACUGGGUUUUAUGCUCACAAUGGUGAGCUAAAUCCACCAAAUAAAGUUUUGUUAGGUAUCAAUGAAGCACCAUCUAAGGUAGCUGAGAAGCUAGCAAUUGAGACAAUAAUGUCCGGGCCUUAUGUUACCAACCAAGCUUUGCCACAAGAACUUGAUGAGCUUGAAGAUGACUUUGAAUGCAGAACUCAGGUUAAAGACUUUGGGGCUGGGGCUAAUACAAAAGACACAAAUGACAGCCCAAUAGAAUCGUCAUCAGCAAGUACAACUGCUAAAACAUUGCCAAAUGCACCUGUCGCCGCACCAGUAAUAUCCAGCAAUGGAACUGAUCCAUCCACUGCUUUGUGUCCCAAUGGCGGUUUGGAGGAGCUUGAGCCUGCUGAACUUGUGGCACCAUUUUUUAGCGGGAUCUCGUCUGCAGCACCUGUGGCGCAACGAAAACCACUUAUCAGGUUGAGUUUCACUUCUUUAGGCAAAGCCAAUGGCAGAAGCACAUAAGGGUCAAGUGUCGGCUGGAGCAAAGCUGCCAGGAAAACGUUUAGAUUUUAUAUGGUGGAGAUUUUUUUUUUUCUUUUUGGAAAAAAAGGUUCCCUCUUGUAGCACUUAACUUUUUAGUGUUAAUAAAUCUUGAAUCGCCCACUCUUUUCAUGUACAUAUAAGAGUAUGAAAUAUGGAUCAUUAAAAGAGUAUUUUCUUACAAUGCUUUUCUGUUUGUAGAUUCUUAAGCAGCAUAUGCAAUUAGGUUAUGAACAAUGUAGAGUUUCAAAUAUCAAAUUCAUAUUUGCCUUGCAA